AACUCGAUCUACUCGCAGUCUCAACAUUCUUCCUCGCCUAAAUCUCCCUCCGCUCUCCCGCUCUAACCCUAAUCCGACAAUGGCCUUCGACAUCGACUCUCUUCCUCCCCUCCUCGGCCCCGACUCCGACUCCGACUCCGACCACCUCCCCCCCGCCCCGCGCCGUGGCCGCCCUCUUCGGCCUUCACCGGCGCCGCGGGUGGAACCCUCGCCUCCGACGACUGACAGGUGCGAGGCUACCCCCGCCCCGGAGGGCACCGGUGGAGCUGCCCAGCAGAGUUGGCCAGGGUUACCAAGGGGUGUACAAUUUAACCCAAGCGACAGUGAUCUUCUAUGGCAUCUGGCUGCAGAAAUGGGGAAUGGCUUGGCUCAUCGCCAUCCAUUCAUCAGUGAAUUUAUUAAAUCUGGUGAUGAAGGUGCAAGAUUUGGCUGUACCCAUCCUCGAGAUAUGCCAGGUAUGAGGCAAGAUGGAAAUGCAUUGUACUUUUUCCACAGAAAAGUAAGCUUACACAACAAUGAGAAUGACAAAGAUAUCAGCUGGCAAAAAAGUGGCCCCUCCAGAUCAAUUAUCUUGGAUGGGGGUCUACAAGGUUAUAAGGAGAUAUUUACCUUGUACGCCUUCAAGAACAGCCCUCAGAGAACUGACUGGGAAUUGCAUCGAUAUGGUAUAAAAAACACAAUGGAGGGCGAGGGUGAACUAGUGCUAUCGAAGGUAUUUUACAAGUCGCAGAAAGGUCAUUGUGAAUGGGCUGCAAAAGCUCUUGUCCAAUCUGCACAGGAUAAUUUUGUGACUGAUGAUGAAUCCAGAGAAGAAAAAGAGGACACACAAUUGGAAAAACUUUCUGUUAAUAUGGCUACUGAAAGUAAUUUUGUUGAAGGCAAUGGAAACAAUCAGGAACAGACGCUGGUUGAGAUGUAUCCUGAUCAGGACAAACCAUGUUCCUGCAAACAUGUUUUGGAUAGCGCAGAUGUUAAUCAUGAAAACCAAAUUAAUGAUCAGGCUGAAACUGAGCUGGAUCACAUGUCUCUGCAAGAGCGCUACCGAAUCCUUCUAGCAGACAUGCGUUCUUGCUCUGCUAGGGUAUCUGCUGAAAAGUGUGCUUUGAAUGACAUGGGAAAUUCUUCCAUGCAAAUGGAUGCUGAAACAAGUGGGCCAGUUCCCAAAAGUGAGAGUGAGGAAAAAAAUCAUGAAGGAACAGCCUGCAUGGAAGAUAUAUGUAGCAUGUUGCAGGAAAUUUCUUCUGCGCCAUCUAUUACAGAUAGCAUGAAUGAUGACAAUAAUGUGAGGUUGCUUGGUGAAAUUCCUCCAGACACCCAAAUAUCUUCAGUGGAAUGUUUUGUGAAUACUGAAGGUCCGGUAAAUGACAAGGCUUUUAAUUCUAGUGCUGAGCUCCGAUUAAGUCAAACACCGGCUUGUGGAGAUGAAAACGUUCAGCUUGCACCGAGAAAUUCUGGGACCUAUUUGGUUGAUGUAAAAACGGAGCCUGCAUUGGACGGUUAUGCAAUUUAUCCUCCUGAAUCUCCUUCUGUGAAAUUUCACCACUCAAACGAUGAUGGCCUGAAGGUUUCUGGUUCUAUUCUGGAAUGUAUGCCAAAAGAUGUUGAAGAUUCACCACCAUAUUUAGGAGUAAAAAGUGAACUAAGUGGGUAUGAGUUGCCUGGUUUAUGUGAGAACAGCUUUAUCAGUAGUAUGGAGCCUAUUGUGAAAAAACCUCAUACAAGAACUCUAAACUGCAAUGGGGGCCUUGCGCCUUGUUCCGGGGCACCAAAGAAAAAGAGGAAAAUUGCAAUGGAUUCAAGUGAAAAAGUGCUUGAAGAAGAUGCUUGCAAAAAUGAUGAGGGUAUUCCUUACCCUUCUAGGCAAAAGAGGAAGAAGAAAACUGCGACGGAUUCGAUUGAAACGGCUCUUGAAGAAGAUGCUCCAGGACUUCUACAGAUUCUUCUGGACAAAGGAAUAGUAGUCAACGAGAUUAAACUUUAUGACGUUGUAGAAGAUGAUGAAAUGCUUCCAGACUGCACAGAAAGUGACUUUCAAGACCUUGAAAAUGUGAUUACAAAAUUGUUUCCACAAAGAGCAUCCUUGUUGAAGUCCGCAGCCAGGCAUGGGAAGGGGGGAAAGGCUAUUUACUGCUUAGCUUGCUUAAUUUCUCUCAUUGAGCAGUCACGCUAUCUUCAGUUCCGUGAUUGUCCUGUGGAGUGGGGAUGGUGCAGGGAUUUGCAAUCCUUCAUUUUUGUAUUUAAAAGCCAUAAUAGGCUAGUUCUUGAGCGUCCUGAAUAUGGUUAUGCAACCUAUUUCUUUGAAAUUGUGAAAUCAGUGCCAAUAGAAUGGCAGAUCCGAAAGCUGGUUACUGCUAUGAAGCUUAGUAGCUGUGGCAGGACUGCUCUUAUUGAAAACAGGCCACUAUUGGUUGGUGAGGAUUUAUCAGAAGGUGAGGCGAAGGUUUUGGUUGAAUAUGGUUGGAUACCAAACACUGGGCUUGCGACGUUGCUGAACUACCGCGAUCGGGUGGUUCAUGACAGGUGGAACGAGAAAUACGGCACAGAUUGGAGGAUGAAGAUUGGAAAGCUUCUAAUGAAUGGUUAUUCUGAGGGGGAAUUGAUCAUAACUCAUGUUCCGCUGAAUACAUCGCCAGAAGACUAUUCAGAAAAAAUCAAGUUGGAGGAUCCUUGACGAGAUCCCCCACUGUAUACAUACAUGGGCUUAGUGGCGUCAUAGUCAACCUCCCGGCAGGUGUUGUAAAGUUGUAGUGUUCACCAUGGAUAUGUCAAAAAGAUGUAGUGUGUAUUCAUGUGUACCUGUAUGUAUGGCAUAGUCGUUUAACAGGCGCUGCAAACAUGGGGUAAGGCCAGCAGUCGCCAUGUGAAUAACCUUAUGGGAUAGGAAAAUGGAGAAGGCUGCUAGCUACAGUAUUUAGCUAGUCUCAUCGAACUGGAAUGGUGUACUGUAGUGUAUGGAUCCUUGUAAUAAGUGAACAGUACUGCGUUUGCUGUAACAAGAAGAUGGUAUAUCCAUGAUGACAUCAACUUUUAACUGUUUAA